AUGACUGCAGUCUUCCUCGUUUUGCCCUUUUUUGUGGAUAAGAUAGUGGAGCAGCUGCAGCAGUUUGUUCAGAGCUAUGAUCUGGCCGCCCUGCGGGAUUACUGGAGUUAUCUGGACCGACGUCUUUUCAGCCGUUUGGAAGAUGUGUACCGGCCAACAGUGAACAAGCUGAAAACCAGCUUAUUCCGAUACUACCUCGUCCAUACUGUUCAGACUGGCCGCAAUGACAAGGCGCAGGAGUUUUUCCUCAAGCAGGCCUCUGAGCUCCAGAACCAGGCGGAGUGGAAGGAUUGGUUUGUCCUGCCCUUCCUCCCUGCCCCAGACUCCAACCCCACCUUUGCCACCUAUUUCUCGCGCCAGUGGGCAGAUACAUUUAUCGUGUCUCUCCACAACUUCCUGAGUGUCUUAUUUCAGUGCAUGCCAGUUCCAGUCAUUUUGAACUUUGAAGCUGAAUGUCUCAGGAGCAGUCUCAUACAAGAAGAAAAUGAAUCGUUGCGGCAUAAGUUGUUUGCUUUGCAGGCUGAAUCCUCCCGCAUGAAAAAAGAGGAACUGGAGGUGGAACAAGUUGUGCAUCACAAGUUGCCUGCAUAUGUGGCCAACAUGGAUCGACUAGGGGACUCUGAGCUUGAUAUGACCUGCAGCCAGAGGAGUACUGCACAUUCUCUUCAGUCCCGGGGAGGCUUUCUGUCCUCUUUUCUCUCCCAAACUAAAAAGGGCCCUUCCAGACCAGCCCAUCCAAGUGGGGCUUCUCCAACACAGACUGGCAGCAUGCUGCUAGGGAAGAAAGAACCAGCAAAUCACCAGAGUACCAGAGGAAAAGAAGGAACAGUGAGCUGCAAGGAUGGCAAGAGCCACUUCAGUGGGUUAAUAGCAGGCGAGUCAAGUUCCCUGCAGCAGCGGCAGAAGCGCUUGCAAGAGCAUGGGAAGGAAAGGAAGGAACUGCUAUCGAAAGGAACCUUCCAGGGCCAAAGUGCUGAGAAGAAAACAGAUACUAGCACAGCUGAGACAGAGCCAUGCUCAGACCUGCAUGCUGAGCAAGCAGAUCCUUCAAUCAAAACGCCUGCCAGCAGUGCAGAGGCUGUGGGGGUCCGGCAGGAGCAGCCUUUCAUCGUCCUGAGCCAGGAGGAGUAUGGGGAACACCAUUCAUCCAUCAUGUACUGCAGGGUUGAUUGUUCUGGACGGAGGGUGGCCAGCUUGGAUGUGGACGGGGUCAUCAAAGUCUGGUCUUUUAACCCCAUAAUGCAAACUAAAGCUUCAUCCAUUUCCAAAUCUCCGUUGCUGUCUCUGGAAUGGGCGACCAAGCGUGAUCGGCUGCUAUUGCUUGGCAGUGGGGUCGGGACGGUUCGUCUUUAUGACACAGAAGCGAAGAAGAAUCUCUGUGAAAUCAGCAUUGAUGAAGACAUGCCCAGGAUCCUCUCGCUUGCCUGCAGCCCAAGCGGUGCCUCCUUUGUCUGUUCUGCGGCAGCCCAGAGCCCCAUCUCCCACAUGGACUUCUCAGCAGUCAGCUCUGGGGGCAAAAGCAUGAACCAAGUUCCUGGGAAGCUGCUACUGUGGGACACUAAAACGAUGAAGCAGCAACUUCAGUUCUCCCUGGAGCCUGAGCCCAUUGCUAUUAACUGCACAGCCUUCAACCACAAUGGCAACCUGCUGGUCACCGGGGCUGCAGAUGGGAUUGUUCGUCUCUUCGGUACGUUGAAAUUGGGCAAUGAGAUGGCCCUUUGGUGUCCCUAG